CGAGGUCUCAGUCGAAUUAAUUUAUGCGUUUUGUAACAUAAACGACCUCUUUGUUUUAUUUUAUUCGUAAUUCUGUCCCCGAGCCCAGCGGGAUUUGAUUUGAAUACGUACUAUCGGUUGGCCUCAGGACAGAGUGGAGCGGCUAGUCACUAAGUGAGAGACUUCCCCUUUAACCAAGAAGGGUGACACAACUCAACUUCAGCACAUACACACUUUCUUUCGUGUCGUCUGAGGUUAACAUCUGCCAGGUUUUGUGUGUGUGUGUGUGUGUGUGUCGAGGUCAUGUGGAGGAAGGCCGUGCUGGUGGCGCUGUUGGCGUUAGGGAUGGGGUAUCUGUACCACACUGACCCGGAGCUGCCGGCCCGCGUGCUCAACUACGUCAGCGAAUCCCUGCCACAGAUGGAGAUGAGUGGCGGCUCGGAGCCCCGCCCACCGACGCUGGAGGAGGCCAUCGCACGCGCCUGGCAGACCCUCAUCACGGCUCCGGCCCGCCGCUGGGCGAGAGUGGCAGUGGGGGUGAACGCCUGUGUGGAUGUGGUGGUGUCCGGGGUGGGGCUUCUGCAGGCGCUCGCUCUCGAACCCGGAUCCGGCAGAGACCACGAGGUGCUACGCAGCAAAGAGGACCUGAAAGAGGCCUUCAUCCACUACAUGGGGAAGGGCGCCGCCGCGGAGCGCUUCUUCUCAGAUAAGGAGGUUUUUCAAAGGAUCGCACGGGCGGCUGCAGAAUAUCCCGGGGCUCAGCUUUAUGUGGGUGGAAAUGCUGCUCUUAUUGGCCAGAAACUGGCGUCUAACCCAGAACUUGUAGUCCUCUUAUGUGGUCCGGUGGGGCCGAAGCUUCACGAUAUGCUGGAUGAACAGAUCGUGGUCCCACCAGAAUCUCUGCAGGAGAUGGAUGAGUUCCACCUCAUCCUGGAGUACAAGUCAGGCGAACAGUGGGGUUCCUCAAGAGCUCCUCAGGCUAACCGCUUUAUCCUGUCCCAUGACGUGUCCAACGGUGAAAUGAGCACGCUGGAGACGUUCGUGACCAGUCUGGAGGAGUUCCAGCCGGACCUGGUGGUUCUGUCCGGACUGCAUAUGAUGGAAGGAAUGGGCCGGGAUCUCUGGGAGGAACGACUGAAAGAGGUGGUGGUUGCCAUCUCAGACGUGAGGAACGAGGUGCCCAUCCACCUUGAGCUGGCCAGUAUGACAGACAGAGACUACAUGAACCAGAUCCUGCAGGAGCAGGUCUUGCCCAUCGUGAACUCCAUCGGUCUGAACGAACAGGAGCUGCUGUUUCUGACUCAGUCCGGAGGCGGGCCUCACGCUGACCUCGCGUCCUGGGACGGGAUACCCGACGUGGGCCGCGUCAGCGACAUCCUGCUGUGGGUCCUGGAGCAGCACGGCCGGGCCGACCCGGAAUCCGAAGCCGACCUGACCCGGAUCCACUUCCACACGCUGGCGUACCACGUCCUGGCUACGGUGGACGGUCACUGGGGGAACCAGGAGGCGGCGGUGUCCGCGGGAGCCCGUGUGGCCAGCAGUCAAGCAUGCGGCCUGCAAGCGGUGGACAUCACCAAGGUGGCGCUCAAGGCACCGCUGAACUUCUACAGCUCCUUCUCGGAGCCGAGGGAGAGCCUCGCGGUGGAGCCGAGCCGGCCGGUCACCGCGUGGCGCAGAGGAAACGUUUCCUUCCAUCUCACGCCGGUCCUGGUGUGCAAACAGCCUCUUAGGACUGUGGGAUUGGGCGACGCCAUUUCCGCCGAAGGACUUCUGUUUUCAGAGGUCACGCCUCGGCCCGAGCUCUGAGAGACGCCUCUCGUCCAUCCUUUUGAAGACACGUCCUCGUCGUUCGAUCCUGAAGCUGGAGAAACUGACUCGCGGGGCAUCAGACGACAGGAUGUUUUCCAGAGCAAAACCAGUUUGAGAUGCAGGGCACUGUUCUUUUGUUAUUGCUACUUUUGUCUAAAAUCACUUUGUGAAAGACGGCACUGAACGUAACGACGUGAGCCAGCCUCCGCCUUCUUUUUUUUUUUGUUUGUUUUAAGGUUAAUUUAGCCAAAGAUGGACGUUCGGUCAUCGUUUGCUCACCUUUAAACCUAAGCAACCUUAGUUAUUACAUUAGAAAUAGUCCAGAAGUCGUAAAUGAUGAUGGAAUUUUUAUUUUUGGAAGAACUACUAACUUUUUAAAACCAUAAUAAGAGGAGAUCACACUCUGGUUAACAGGAGAGCGAGACCUGCGGCUGCUAUUGGGACGAAAGCUAACGAUAAAACGAUUUUAGAGUCUUAAACGUCUCAAAACUACGUCGUAUUCCCAAACACUCCUUUAUUUGCUUUAUGAAUGUUAAUAAGUAGCAUAACCAUCAGGUUUAUCCAGGAACAUGGAGCAUGUUUCUUCGGAAGAAUGACAAAUAAAAAAAGUUAGCGAAUUUAUCUCACAAUUUUUACUUUUUUUUUGCAAUUGUGACACAUCUGGCAACUUGCAGCGUUCUCUGAAAUGCGAGAUGUUUUUCUCACAGUUCAGCCGUUUUUUUCUUUUUCUCUGAAUUGUGAGAAUUUUAAUAAACUUUGUGAACGAUUACGAGUACGGCAAGAACUGUGAAAUAAAAACAUGCAAUUCUGAGGGGGGAAAAAAAAAGUCAGUAUUGCACAUUUUUAUAUCACAGUUGUAACUUUUUCUGCAAACUCACAAUUCUGACUUUUUUUACUCUGAAUUGCAAGAAAUGUCCGAAUUUUGAUAAGAACUUGCAACUGCGAGCUAUACAGCGAGAAUUGUGAAAUGUAAACUUUUUUUCAAUUCUGACUUUUUAUUUCGCAAUCGAGUUCACAUCUUGCAAUUCUGUGAAAUAAAUAAAAAAAAGCUUGUUUUUAUCUCUCAAUUGUGACGCUACAUCUCGCCAUUAAAAGUCAGAAUUGCGAAAAUAGGUCAAAUUUGUGAGAUAAAAAGUUAUUACAUUUUUCCUUUAUCCGGUGCUUUCUUUUAUUCUCUAAGUUCUCUUUACAUAAUUAAAUGAAGCUUAAGGAAUUAAAGCAGCGACCCCAGGAUCAGUCGAAAUAAUUCCUAAAUAUUAGUUUAUAGUUAAUAGUUUAGAUCGCCAGCCAUGAUUCAGCGCACAUAUUAUUAAUUAUUCUCGUCUUAAUCUUAACGUUCUUCAGGGUGGGAAUCUAGCUGUAGGUUUUUGUAAAUUGGAGCCAGCAUCAUUUGUAUAUAUGAGAAACCCUAACUAUUUUCCACUCAUUCUGGUUUGAUCUGUAUGUAUUUUAGGUGGCGUUAAUGACGACUGUUGUGAUUUCUGAUGCUUCCUGUUUCAAGUUUCCACACAACGAAUGGGUGUCAUUUAUUCUUAUUAGCCGUGAAGUUCAGGCUUUCUUACCAUCCAAACGCCUCUGACGUAUGAUUUUUAAUGUUUUAUUGGGGACGCACUAAUUAAUCUCGAUAUGUGAAUUCUCAUUUGUCUUAAACCAGCCUUAAAAUUUAAAAAAAACCCAUUUGAGGCUUUUUAAUGAAUGCGGUUUUGAGAACUUUGAGCAGUGUUUGUAUGAACCGAAUGGUUUUAUGAACCGUUUACACAAUUGUUUGUUGUAUGAAUAAGGCAAGAUGUUUAAAUCAGUAGCUGGGUGAAACGCCUCGGAUCGUGAACCUGUAUUAUUAUUAUUUUUUUUGCUGUAUUUCUGUUACACUCCAUAUUGAUGCUGUUAGUUUCUCAAACCAACAAAAGAGUUGACUUAACAUCAGAACCUUGAAAAGAAAAAAAUCAUUCCUACACUGUUUAGAAUUGAAAUCAUGGUAAAAUCAUGAUUGGAGUGUAAGGUUUUACUCCGUCACGUGAACCGGCUGCUACUGGAGUAAAUGGACCUUCUUCAGUCCGUGCAGAGAUACUUGAAGGUUUUCUUUAAAUGCAGCAAAUGUUGAGUCUGGGUGUGAGAAACUAACAGAAAGUUCAUGCAACUUUUAGACUUGUAUCACAUGUUUUAGGGUUGUAGUUUGCACAAGUGAUUAUGCAACAAAGUCUUUAAGAGUUACUGGGCAAAACGUCCUUCAAUCAUAAACGUUGAGACUAGAAAUAUUAGCUCUGUUAACUUGAGUAUGGAAUAUUUUUAUAUAAAUAAAACACUUCUAUACCGGGUA